ACAGGGGUCACUGUAGGCUUCACUGUGCAUGUCGGGUUUGUCACAAGCAAUGACGUGUCAAGCCGAAACGAUGACUUCCGUUUUGUCACUGUGUUCACCUGUGAUUGGAAGCGAGAGGAGAUUAAUGAACUACUUACACAAUUGCGCAAAUAUGCUCUUCUUUUAGUCCGAGCUUGUGGAGUUUACGGACCUUUCGGUGGUCAAUGUCCUCGAAACCCAGAGAAAUACAAUUACAAGAACGUCAACUAGCUCCGCGGCUAGGCUGCCGUGAGAGCUAACGGCGAAUCCACCCAGUGCGCUUGUCCGCAAAAUGGAUUGGAUCUGUGAAAUACUUGAAGCUUUGCUGAUGUUGGCGAUUGUAGCAGUAAUUGUGUUCGUCACGGUGGCGUACGUCACGGCCAGUGAGGUGAACCUGACGCGGGCCAACAAGGAGAAAUGCUUCCUCACUACAGCUGGGAACACAGAGCCGUUUCCCAGUCUCCACGAUCCCCCCUCCAUAGAACUCUCGGUGGUGGUCCCGGCCUACAACGAGGAGCUGCGGCUUCCUGUGAUGCUGAAUGAAGCCAUGGCAUAUUUGGAGAACAGGGAGAGAGGAAAUGCGGCUUUCACCUACGAGGUCAUUGUGGUGGACGAUGGCAGCAAAGACAAGACCACAGAGGUGGCGCUGCGAUACACCAAGAAGUACAGCGCCGAAAAAGUGCGGGUUCUGACUCUGGUGAAGAACCGGGGAAAAGGCGGUGCUGUGCGCAUGGGAACGCUGAGCUCCAGGGGGCGCCUUAUUCUCAUGGCGGACGCGGACGGAGCCACAAAGUUUGCUGACGUUGAAAAGGUGGAAGCGGGCCUUAAAGCUCUCAAUCUCAAGAAGGGCAACUUGGGCAUCUCGUGCGGUUCCAGAGCUCACCUGGAGCAGGAGGCGCUCGCUCAGCGCUCCUUCUUCCGCAACAUCCUCAUGCGCGGCUUCCACUUCCUGGUCUGGUUCCUGUGCGUGCGCGGCGUCCGCGACACGCAGUGCGGCUUCAAGGUGUUCACGCGUGAAGCGGCGCUGCGGACCUUCUCCUCGCUGCACGUGGAACGGUGGGCUUUCGAUGUGGAGCUUUUGUUCAUCGCGCAGUGCUUGAAGAUCCCCAUCGCGGAGGUGGCCGUCAACUGGACCGAGAUCGAAGGUUUACAGAAAAAAAUGGGCCCGUGGACAUGUCACAUUGAUGCUGAUAAAUGCAAAGGGGACAAGACCAGCAAGUCUCGAUUGUUAAGCGUCACACAUUCCGCUAUUGAGAUGGGAAAUUGACGUCAACUUCAACCUUCCAUUGUCCUAAUUGGCUCCAAACUGGUUCCGUUCUGGAGUUGGCUCCAGAUGGGCCGGGACCUGGUCUUCAUCCGUCUGCGCUACCUGAUGGGAGCCUGGAAGCUGCAGCCUCCGAUUAAGAGUGACUAGCUAGUCAGAGGAAAGACUGAUUUGACUUGCAAGCCACUCAGAAGACAAUAUUGUUUUUCUUUUUUUUUUUUUUUUACUCUAGACCGCGUGCUUGUACCGGCCUGCUUUUCCACACGGAGGCGCCGCUUACGAUAUUAUGACACAAGCCUGUGGUAGCUGCCACCCGAAAGCCGUGAGCAUGACUAAAAUGGAAUGACUGUCUUACUUAUCCUGUUUUUCCCCCAUUACUCGUACCACCACUUUUUGACUACUGGUACACAAUAUGGACCUGACUUGUAAACUGCUGUGCUGCAAUAGUAGCACUUCUAGGCUAGCUAGUAGCUAAUACCCCUAACAUGCCCAGUCGUAGUUUUCCCUCACUAGUAACAUGUAGUUGUCCUCCUAGUACUAAUAGAGUAAAAAGGUAAUAUCUAGCACUUCACCAUUAGUCCAGAAAUGUCAAUGAGUACAGUCUUGCCUUGCUAGUACCAUGGAGUUGUCAUGUAGUGCAGAAAUAUCGAACAGUAACGGGGGGGGGGGGGGGGG